AUCCUGGCAUCUUUACGUCUUCCACCCUCCUGGAUGAUAUGAAGACCAUGACUAGCGAUACAGAGCUCUCUGACAACAAUACUAACGAACGAAAGUGCAAGAACUUACAUUAGGGAUGCCACAAGAGGAUGGAAAACAAUAAAUGGGAGGAAGCAAAGAUGUCAAUUUGCCAUAGCCGCAGGCCGGGCAACUACUGCGCCCGACACCCGAUGCGCCGGGCCCGCCGUUUGAUGACGCCGGCUGACUCGAUGUCCACGUCGUGAGGACGCAUUUACCCAAAAAGGCAAUUCCCGCCCUCCCGACGUUGCCAAGAACAUCAGCCGCCCAUCGGCACGCCCAACGCGCUCACGUGGCCGCGCCCUACAUAAAUGCCCGCCUGGUCCACGCCGUUACAACGCGUUCUUCACCUCCGUUCUCAUUUCCCCCCUUACAGAAUCCAUUGGACAUCAUGCCUCCUCGCAAGAAAGCUGCUGCCGAUGUCGAUGGCACAGCUGCCACUCGAGCAACGAGGUCGAGCACUAGAACUAGGGCCCCCAGUGCUAAGGCUCAAGCAGUGGCCGCUGCUGCCUCAGGAUCUGCUUCUUCUUCGAAGCCUCCUUCCACUAGCAAACCUGCUUCCUCCUCCAAGCCGCCUUCAAAAGUUAAACCGCCCUCGAAGACUAAGGACCAGUCGAAGGCUAAGGCUCCUGCUUCCAAGGCAAAGGGCAAAAAACGCCCUCGAGAUGAAGAGGAAGACCCGGCUGAAGACGAACCUGAGGCGAAGAAAGCUAAGGCCGAUGAUAGUGCUUUGGACGAUAUUGCUGAAGACAAGGAAGAAGAGGAACAGAAUAUGGUCACUGUAAUCCAGAGGGGCGCAGCUCCUGUUGACUCUUGUUCUGGCAUGGUCGCCACCCACCAAGUCUAUGCUAACGGUGAGGGCGUUUGGGACGCUAUGCUCAACCAAACUGACGUGGGCAAGAACGCUAACAAAUUCUACGUGAUUCAACUCCUCCAUCCUAUAGGCGUUGACUCCAGCUGCGUCUUAUUCACGCGUUGGGGUCGUGUCGGCGAGAACGGCCAGCAGCAACAGAAGGGCCCAUUCGCAGCAUCCCUUGCUGUCUCUGAAUUCAAGAAACAGUUCAAAGCCAAAGCGGGCGUUAAUUGGGAACAAAGGCAUGGUAUGGUCCCUAGGAAAGGCAAAUACACGUUCCUUGAGCGGGAUUACGAAGAAGAGAAGGAAAAACCAAAGUCCUCAAAAGGUGACGCCUCCAAAGGGAAAGAACCAGAGAAAAUCCCCGAUUCCACACUGCCUAAUGAAAUUCAGGCUUUAUGCAAGCUGAUCUUUUCCAUCAGGCUCAUGGAUGCACACUUGAAGUCUAUGCAGUACGACGCGAACAAGCUUCCUCUGGGUAAGCUUUCAAAAGCUACUAUCAUGAACGGCUUCGCCGCCCUCAAGGCUCUGUCCGAGGUUUUGAACGACCCUACUUGUGACACUGCUAAGGACCAUGGGGGAUUCAGAUCUGCCAUAGAGCUACUUACAGGACGUUACUACUCUAUCAUCCCGCACGUCUUCCCUCGUACUGCACGACCAACCGUUAUCGAUGAUAUCAACGUUCUGAAGAAGGAACUAGACCUAGUAGAUGCACUGGGUGACAUGGAAGUCGCCUCCAAACUCAUCGCAUCGUCCAUCCUCACCGACGAAUCUGGUGCUCCAAUCAAUCCGAUCGACGCUCACUUCCGUUCUCUGCGCUUGACUGACAUGAGUCCUAUCGACAAGGGAAGCAAGGAGUUUAAAGGAUUGAAUCACUAUACCCACGAUACCCAUGGCGCGACACAUGGACAUUAUAAGGUUCAUGUGCAGUAUGCUUAUCGGGUCGAGAGGCAAGAAGAGACCGACGCUUGGCUCAAGUCAGGCUUUGACAAAUUGUCUGAUGGCGACAGACUCUUACUUUGGCACGGUUCUCGUACAACCAACUUUGCUGGUAUUCUCAAACAAGGUUUGCGUAUCGCUCCACCUGAAGCUCCCGCUACUGGUUACAUGUUCGGCAAGGGUGUCUACUUCGCCGAUAUGAUGUCCAAGUCCGCGAAUUACUGCCACUCAUACUUGAGUGACAAUACUGGUCUCUUGCUUCUUUGUGAAGUCGCCGUAAAGCCAUUCUAUGAGGAGAAGAACGCGAAUUACAACGCUGACAAGGACUGCGCGAGUGCAAAAGCAUUGUGCACGAAAGGUCUCGGCCGUACCCAACCCGCUGAAUGGCAAGACGCCGGUUCAACCCUCGAGCACGAUGCUCUGAAAGGCUGUCUCAUGCCCAAAGGACCAGGCAAAGACAUUGAUGAUCCUCAAGUCUGCUUGCAGUACAACGAGUAUAUCGUGUAUGAUGCAUCGCAGAUCCGAGUACGAUACCUGCUGAUGGUCAAGAUGGAAUGAUUCGAACACUCAAGUGGGUAUCGCUGGAGAAUUCUGAAUACGCUAUGACUGGUAUGGAGAAUUAGAAUAUUAAUUGUGGUGGAUUCCAAUUCAUCGAGAAGUUGCAUCUAGGGUGGGCAGGAAAGUGGGUUUUGUUUCGUCCUUUGUUGUAGAUCGUUUUCUUGCUUUGCUUUUUGAGAGAAGCUGCUACCAGUUUGGAUUCUCGGUGUUUGUAUCUUAGUCUAAUUUCACCUACUGUAAUCUCGUUUCUUGUAGAUCAUAUGCUCAAUUUGAAUAGCUAUUUCAAUUUCAUGAGCUAUUCGUUCUAAACCCUACUCUUUCGCAA